AUGUUACAAUAUUCGAUCUCCAGUAAAGAAAACCAAGGGCAGCACUUUGGAGUUAGUUUUAAAACAAUUAAGUUUCGUAGGUCCUUAAAAAGAAGUUUAGCCGCUGCAUCAAGUAAAGAUAGAGCUCUUUCGCAAACAAUGCCGCCCAAAAAUGAAGUCGAAGAAUCUGUCCCAGACAAAAUUUACACAAUACAUUCAACCGAGUUACCUAGAUUUAGCUGUCCAGCUGGCCAUUAUAUAGGAAUUGUAAACUCUUACAUUACCUGUAAUUCCAAAGAUUUUGAUGUUUUUGAAGAAACAUGGUCAAUUUGUAGAAAUAAAACUAACUGUGUGCUAGAUGUUUCUGUUUAUAAAAAUUGUACCGACAAGAAACCAAAGUUCAAAUAUCUCCAAUACAGUUGUUUUAAAAUACAAGCAUUCGACUGUGGACUAUUUUACCCUUAUGAUCAAAAGGAUGAAGAGUUUUGUUUGUCACUUUGCAGAUAUUACAUGAGGGACUGUACCGCCAAAUAUGAUCAAGUUCCUAGAGAAUAUUUUAUACAGUGUUUGGAGAAGAUGUUCUUCAGGAAUGUGUCGAGCCAAUGUGGAUUUCUACCAAAUAGCAUAGACCCUGAACAUGCCUCCUUCUCAUGGAACAAGUAUAUGAAGAAAAAAUAUUACCAUGAUAAUCCGAAUGUGACGAACAAGAAAUGGAAAACUCGGAAUUUUAAAAAUGAAAUAGAAAAUCCAGUCGUUUUUACAGCAAUACCACAAGACUAUGGAAGCAACUUAAAGGUUUUGGUUAAAAAUGUCACAAAUGUCAACUUUAAGGUUAGGUUUCUGUUCAUGGAAUGUGAUAAAAAAUGUUUUGAAAAGGAUGGUGAAGUUAGUGAAAAGGUGGAAUACCUUGCGGUUAGUCAUGGAAACCAUUCGAGUGAUAUGAAAAACCAGAUUAUUGUAGGUUCCAUACAAUCAGAAACAAACAAUAUUGUUAAAUUGCCGUUGGACCCUAGUUUGGAAUGGGUUGUAAUUACACAGAUACAGAAUGAUAGCCUGAGAACAACAUCAGAUGUUUUGCCAGUGAUUUACACAUCGUUAAUGCAUUAUAACAAAAGAUAUUUUGUAGAUUUUUAUGUAAAUUCUAAGCCUGAAGUGAAAAGCGUGGUUCUGGGUUAUUUGGCAAUUUCAAAAAAUGAAUUAAACUCAAGUUCACUCUACCAAACUGAGCUAAAGUACUUACAGGUUGAGUCUAGAAAUUUGGAUAAAGUUGCAGUCAACAUCAGUUUGGGAUUUAAUUUCGAUCAUAAAUCUAUGUUUGGAAUAACUACCUAUGAAUCCACUUUGGUGACUGACGUUAGGCAGAGUGUUAAUGAUUUGUAUACAGCUGGCGCAAUAAGGAGUCCAUACAGUAGUAUCAUGAAAAGAUAUAAUAUUCAAGUUGGUUUCCGCUGGAUAGCAAAAACCAGGGGUAUAAGUAAGGGCCCUAGGUUGGACGUUUUGUUUGUCGAAAAAUCUAAUUUUACAACCAUAAAACAAAUUUGUAUGUUUACACGUCGUUUGAACUACAGAAGUAAGCGCAGUUGCUACAGCGAGUGCAUUAGCAGUUUGUAUUUGCGUGAGUGUUUAAUUGGAGAAAUUGGCGAAUUCUUGAAUUGCUAUAAAGAAAGAUCCCAAAACUGCGAAAUCAUAGAGUUAGAAGGCCUGAAUGAAUUUAUAAACGAAAAUAAAGACUCUAUUUUGAGUUAUUAUAGCAAUAAAGCUGGUAAAAAACCAGUUGAUGACACAGCAAAGGUUGAAACGAAAAAAGAGGAUGAGAAAAAACCAGAAGAAACCUUACCUGUAGAAGAGAUUGUAAAUGAUGAAAUUCCGCAUUUGCCUGAAAUAUAUUCAGAGUGGAGUAGUUGGAGUAAGUGCAGUAGUGUGUGUGAUGACGGAAUAAAUAAGGCUUACGAAUCUAGAACAAGGCUAAUAUACGCUGAAUCUAAUAAAGAUUAUGAGUCAGAAAUAAUGGAGAAGAGAGAUUGCACAGACUUAGUCGAGUGUGAUAAGUUGUGCUAUUAUCGUAACUAUAAUGAAACAAAAGAAAAUGGUGAAGAUGAUCAGGACGCUGGAAAUGAUAGCCAGACUGAAACUCCAAAAAAGAUGUAUUUCUUUAUUUGGAACCCUGAUUGUAAAAUGAAGCCUGAAGACUUAAAUAUCAAAAGAAAGUUGACUGAGACACAAUUGAGUGUGGAAAAUAAAAUAGAUUACAGUAAGGAGUGCGACAGUGACUAUAAUUGGUCAGCCUGUGACGCUCCAUGCGAGUCAGAUUUACAAACAAGGGAGCCCCAAAGGCAUCUGUUAAUAAAUAUUAAGUGCGAAAGUAAUGUAAAAAGGUGUGAAAAUCUAAAGAAAUGUGUAUUUUCAAAUUCCAAUGACCCUAAACAAACUAGCAUUGCCAGUUAUGCUGAUAUUGUAAAUAAAUAUGAAAAUGAAAUGUGUUUAUUAUACAACAGCUUAUAUGACGAUUCGACGAAGAGUUGGACAAAUAAUGGUAGUUGCAAGUGUCCAAAAGGUACCGUCCCUUGUAACAGCAAUGAAAUAUACUUUAACAAAAACAACCAACACAUAUUAAAUGACAAUUACAGUUACAUUAGCAGCCUUAACGAAACCAGGUUAUUUACCGACGUCAGUAAAUAUAGAAAUAGAAGCAUAAAUAAAAUACAGAAGUACAUUUCACUGUCUGACAACGAGAGGAUAGUAAUGCCUUUUAAGUAUGUAAAAGUGUUAACAUAUGAUAAAUUUGCCAGCGAUGAAAAAUUAGCUAACUUUUGUUCAACUGGAAAUAUCCAUUUUGAAAAAAUACCAGACAAUUUACUACUGAUAAAUUGUAACAAUAUAUAUAGUGAACCAGAUACUAGUGUUAGCAAUGUAAGCGGUAGCCAACCAGGAUAUGCUAUAACCACUGAUGAUUGUAAAAAUGUUUGUAAACAGGUUGAAAAAAGAUGUAUGAAUAUGCAUAAUAAAUUGGACCAAAAGGAACUAGUUGAGUGUUUUAUCGAUAAAAUCAGCAGAAAAACAAACCUAUUAGAACAAUCUAAAACGUUAGAGGCCAUUAAAUUAGUUGAUAAUGAUGACAAACUAGUUGGAGAAUUGUGCACACUAAAUAAAUCAAACAAUCGGUGUAAGGAAUUGGCAACAAAUGCAGUAUAUGACUGUAAAAAUAGACAGCAUCAUAGAAAUGUUAAUAUCAAAACUAGGCAGUGUAUAUUGGAUCAUUAUAGUUCAUCUAGACCAAGCAAAAGUGUCCAAAACUGUAAAUUUAAAAGGAGAAAAGUAAUUGGAAGUGGCCUAAUAUUUUGUAAGCACAUUAAAUGUAAUUAUACAAAAUACUCUGAAUGGUUCCAAAACACUGUUAAACACAGCCCUGUAGCUGACAAAAAUAAUAAUACAAAUAUUGCCUCAAAUGGAAAUAAAAUAAAUCUAUUUAAUUCAGUUAAACUUCAAAUUGUAAACGAUUUAAUGAAAAGAGGUAUUAAAAGUGGAAUAACUAACGAUGUUAUAAAUGAAAUUGUUAAAGGAUUGAAUGUAAACAUAAAAAUUAGGAUUAGAUACAGAAACCAAACCAAUGAUGAUCCUUACUGUAACGAAAUACAUCAGCUUAUACAAAUUUUAACAUCGCCCAUCAUUGACAAUCUGGAGAAUGUGUCUUCGUUUGUUGAUACAUCUGGUACCAAAAGCCGCUGGAAUAACUUCAGCAAUAGAUCGUCAAUUAUUAUCAGUGAAUCGGACCACAUGGAAAGCUUAGUUGCGAAACCCUCGGGAGUUGAUAUAAUGAAAGGAAAAGAUUUGAGUGUUACUGAAUCAUCCAGUAAAAUUUUUAACAAGGACAUGAUCAACAGAAAUUGCAACAUAUACUUGGGACAGAAACAAUUGCAAAAUACGAAACUGAUCAUACAAACGAACAGAUGUAGCUGCCCAUCGAACACUCACGCGUGUAGCAUUGAAGAGUCGCUGAACAGCAAGCGUUGGAUCAAGCUGCUAGAUCUAGUCUGCUUAAACAAAAUGAGAUCAAUUUUAUUUUCAAACUCAGGCAAUUUCUACAGAUUUUCCUGCUUGUCCAAAAGCUUCAUUAAGGAGGACUUUGAGUCUAUCAAGCAACUCUGCAAUGAGGACGACGAGAUGACCUUUAUCAGCUGUUAUGGAGAGCCUACGUUGAUUGAAGUGUACAUCGUGGCGACGCUUAUGGGAAUUAUAGGUGUUAUAUCAAGUAUACUGUUGAUUAUUUACAUCAGUAAAAGAAGAAGUUUGAUCAAAUUCCGCUAA